AUGUAAACAAAAUAAUUAAAAUUAUAAAUUCUGUCGUGUUUUUGGUUUUAUCAUGGUUUAUAUACAUUUUCCCUCCAAUUUAACGGAGGAGGAGCAUAUGCUGCAAGCAAAAUAUCAAAAACUUAAGAAAAAGAAAAAAGCUCUCCAAUUGAUGAAGGCUCCCAAGCAAGAGCCUGAAAAGCCAGCCUUGAAACGUCCCACUGAUGCUCGUGAUGCCCGCGAAGUGGCACGAAAGCUAAUAAAGAGUGGAGCUAUACCCGCUAUACAAAAACAACAGACGAAACAAGAUCAAACAUCUUUCAAGCGACCAAAGGGACAGGAACGUAAAAGACCAGCUCCUGAAACGUCUGUGGCAGCUUACCAGCCUUUCUCUUCAACACAAAACGAUGUGGCACAGGAAACAAUUAUAAGCGAAAUUAUUAAAGAGGAACCACGUAUGCAAAAUUUAUACCAACAUUUUGCUUCUGAAAGGGAUCGCGAGGAACGUGGCCUCAGUGACAAAAAUACUCCUCUGGAUGCACAAGGUGAUAAACCACGUGCGGGCAAUACUAUAUUUGUUUCCGGCAACAAGGUUACCGAGGAUUAUCUGAAGAAAACUUUCAAUGACUAUGGCACCAUCGUAAAUGUUUCAAUGGAAAUAGAAAAGAGUCGUGGCUUUGUUACAUUUGCAAAGCCUGAGUCUGCUGACAGGGCCAUUGCUGAGAUGCAUGGUAAGAGCGUUAAUGGUAUAAAUCUGCAGGUACAAUUGGCUCGUCGUCAACCUCAAAUAGAGCCAAUUAAUGAUGCAUCUUCUUCAGCGGUGUGGUCAUCUAUAGCCGCCAGCAAAUCUCAAAAGGGUAGCCAUAAGGAUCGUCGCGAAAUGGUACAAUAUGAUGUUGAUUUUUUUCAAUAAGAUUGCUGGACAAGCACGACACUUUCAUUUAGCCUUAAGUUAGAAGUAAGUACAGUAUACUUUUCUAUCAAUUCCACUUAAUAAAUAAUUUCAAACCAUCAUGUCAACACCAAAAAAGUUUUCAGAAA